UAAACGCUUGAUUCAUCACAUUUGGCACAACAUGUGGCGCAGAGGAACGCUAUCGUGGCUCUCUCGCCUCUGUGGAGCUCUGGUACUCGUUUGCUGCUCCUUGUCCCUCCUCUACAUCCUCACCUGCAACCCUCAUGCCGACGACCUCUCGCUCUCGCCCAGGAUGGGUGCGCCGGGCUCUCCGGGAGGGCCGGGAAGCCCAAACGGACCAAACGCUGCUCCCUUGGCGCCGUCGAGCCACGAGAGCUACCAAGCUUUGCUCCAGGAACGCGAGGAGCAGCAGCGGCAGCACAUCUCCAGCCUCAAGAAGCAGAUCGCCGAGCUGAAGGAGGCGCUGCAGGAGCGAGUCGAGCGGCCCAAGGAGCCGCAGGAGAACGUCGGCAACGCGGCGAGCGAUCUCAACGACUUCCUCCGCGCCCAGAUGUCCAGGGCGGAGAUAGCUGCAGGGGUUCGUCUGCCCAACGAGUACGCCGUGGUGCCGUUCGACAGCUUUACUCUUCAGCGGGUGUAUCAGUUAGAGACGGGGCUCACCCGCCACCCGGAGGAGAAACCAGCGAGGAAGGAUAAACGUGAUGAGAUUAGCGAGGUGGUGGAGAACGCCGUCCACGCUCUGAACUCACAAAACAUCAACAGAGGAGAUAGAAGCGGCUCCAACAAGGUCUACAACACGGCCGACUUCAUCGAGGGUCUGGCUCGUACAGAGAGAGAUAAAGGAACACUGUACGAGCUGACGUUCCGCGGGGAACAAAGAAGCGAGUUCAGGCGUCUCGUCCUGUUCCGUCCCUUCGGCCCGUUGAUGAAGGUGUCGAACGAACGAGUGGAGACAUCUCAGAGCACCAUCAACAUCAUCGUUCCUCUCUCACAGAGGGCCGACAAAUUCAGACAGUUCAUGCACUACUUCAGAGAGGUGUGUAUUAAGCAAGAUGGACGAGUUCACCUCACCGUCGUGUACUUCGGGCGAGACCAGAUGAACGAGGUCAAAGGGAUGUUAGAGAACACGUCCAGAGAGCUGAAUUUCCGGAACUUCACGCUGAUCCACCUGAACGAGGAGUUUUCUCGAGGCCGCGGUUUGGACGUCGGCGCCCGGGCGUGGAAGGGAGGAAACGUUCUGAUGUUCUUCUGCGACGUCGACAUCGUCUUCACCGCCGACUUCCUCAACAGCUGCCGUCUCAACACGCAGCCAGGGAAGAAGGUGUUUUAUCCCAUUCUGUUCAGUCAGUACAAUCCGGCUGUGAUUUACGGAGGCAGCGAUCACGUCCCGCCCGUAGAGCAACAACUGGUGAUUAAGAAGGAUACGGGUUUCUGGCGGGACUUUGGCUUCGGGAUGACCUGUCAGUACAGAUCAGAUUUCAUCAACAUAGGCGGAUUCGACGUGGACAUUAAAGGCUGGGGCGGCGAGGACGUACACCUCUACAGGAAGUACCUGCACAGCAACCUGCUGGUGGUCCGCGCCCCGUCCCGCGGCCUGUUCCACCUGUGGCACGAGAAGCGCUGCGCCGACGAGCUGCAGCCCGAGCAGUACAAGAUGUGCAUGCAGUCCAAAGCCAUGAACGAGGCGUCGCACGGCCAGCUGGGCAUGCUGCUGUUCCGACACGAGAUCGAGGCUCACCUGCGCAAACAGAAACAGCACGGUGGAUCCAAGAAGGCCUGAAAGACGAGACACGCUGCUCACUCGUACCUACGGAAUCCAUACGGAACACCCUGACUGGAUACUCAUGCCAGCGAGGUGGCGCAUCGCCUGAGCUACAUGCCUGAGCUACACGCCUGAGCUACACGACUGAGUGCCUGCAGCUAGAGUCAUUAGGAGCUAAAUUACGUGUGCCAUCCCAAACAUGUAGCCUAACAUCUCCUCAAAAACAGAAACGUGUACGAUCCCUGCAGUGGUGUUCAUGUGCUUUUCCAGUACAGCGUGCUCUAGUUCACUACGUUAGACCAUCAUGUCCUGGAGCCACAGCAGCCUGUGUAUAAAGAAGGCAUAUUCACUGGUGCAGAACAUUAGUGUUAGUGCUGCACAGUUCCAGGAAUCCGUGUUUGAUUCUUUUGAGCUGUUGGCUGACUCGACUCCAGGUACUCUGGGUAGGGUUCCCAACUUUCAGAACUGGAAAUGGGAUGGCGGGUGUUUACCUGAGCGGGAGCGGGUGGUUAGGGUUGCACCUAUAAAAAAUAUAACGGGUCUCACACCGUCAUAGGAACAUUAUCAAAAUGUUUUAUUUAGGCUGUUUAACAUUUAUUAUCUUCAUUCUUUAUAAUAAUAAAUCAGAACCAUAUUUUAGGCAAAACAACACGCGUAAAAAACAUCAUGUAACAUUUUAUUCUCAAUAGUGCAAACAACAUUUUUACAUAAUCCAUCUUCACACUGACAUGCAGCCCCGGUUCAAUGCCCGGACAAUGCCCACCCCACCGCCCCAUAGCGCCGGCCUGUGUUACUUUAGUUUCGCCCUAAGCCGGAUUCGAACCUAAGGGGUAAAAACAUGCGCGAUGCGCUCUGCCCACUGUGCUACUCAAACAGUGGCGUAAUAAACAGGUUGUUAUGCUGAUAUGCCUGCGCACACGCGGCAUUACUAAGACUAAAAGUAAAUAUUACUUAAAAUAAUAACCAAACGCUUUCUAAUUUUCACGGUAGCUACAGUUUCCUUCUGUUUCAUACACAUCACCCUGUCUCAGUCUAAUCUGCUGCAUUUCUUUCUUAUUGAUAAAAAUACAGAACAAAGCACGUUCCUUAUCAGUUCAAUAUGGAACACCGCGUUUAGUUUCCAAAUAAGGAACGAUUCCGUAUUUUACGGGACGGUUGGCAACCCUAACUCUGGGUAUUAUGAUUUCCUCCUGCUUUUCCAAAAGCACCCAAUAGAGUGCAGUGUGUGCAGUAAGAGACAUUAUUGAACUCUUUUCUUAUAUUAUUGACGUUUACUUUGUUAAAAGUAAUAAAAAUGUGACUUUAUUUUAUUAGAAAUUAGGAGGUGUGAGCAGCUGGGAGCAGAUCUACACACAUCACCCCAAACAUCAUGUUUUUUCUUCCUUCUCGACAGUUUGAUGUGGAUUUAUUAGAGAAUUGCUGGAGGGUUUGAGGUGAAAGCAUGUGCAGGUUCUGACUGAAGAUCGUUUUCAUGAAGAUUGUGAACUAUAUGACUAUAUUAGACUGCCAUCUUUUGGACUUCUGAGGAACAGCAGCACUAAAUAAAAGCAGCUGUAUUUUCGUGGACAUACAUUGAGUAGUGUUGUGCGGCACAGCUCCAGGGUUUCGUGUUCGAUCCUGAGUUUGGAAUCUAGCUGGCUUCGUUUGUCCCUUCGAAUGUCCGCUAGCUACGAUUUCUUGCAGUGUUUAUGUGAUGAGCUAACUAGCACCUUGUCCCAGAUUGUCUCAUUAAACAUCAUGCACUCA